AUGAUGAUCACUUCACAGCCAUACAAUCGACUGAAAGAAGCACUUUCAAAUAAUCGAUCGCUCUCAAAACAUGUAUUACUUGGUAUGGUCUUCUUGAGUUCAUUGCUUCUUCUGGUUUCUUUUCUUCAAGAUCAAGAAGAAUUGGACUUUGAUGUUCCGGAGAAAGGUAGUCCUGCUUUUGAAGCAUUCUACAACUGUGUCUACCCGAAACUUGCACCAUUGAAAGGAAAUUACGAUAAGUUCUGGACAUCAUUCGUGAAUUUGACGAAGGAAUGUGACAAUUUGGAGGAGUACAAAGCACUGGAUAUUCAACCAGUUGCUAACACUGAUGAAGUCAAAUAUGUUACCUUCCCAAAACGAGAUGAGAAUAUUACAAUGGUAACUCUUGGUAUUGGACAUGAUGUAGAUGCUGAGAUGAGGCUGAAGAAGCUGUGGCCAAAGACCGAAUUCUUCGGGGUCGAUCCAAGUCCGGAAAUCAACAAAGACUUGUAUGAAGUAAAGCUCGGAGGAAACUACUUCCAAGUCGCUGUCAGUGGAAAAGGAGGAAUGCAAAAGUCGUAUAUUUUCAGAAAGGAGUACCGUGAUGAAACCACAAUGCACAUCGGUGCUGACUACUUCUUCGGAGACAUGCUUCAACGACCAAGAGUCGACAUUUUGUGGAUGGACACUGAAGGAAAUGAGUUCCCAGUACUGGAUAUGAUCCAUCGUGGUGGACCACUCGACAGACGUGGAGUCAAGAUCUGUCAAAUGAAUGUGGAAAUUCAUAAGGAUUUGAUGAAAGACAUAACCGGAGAAAGAGAGAAAUUCCAUGACUUUGUCUGGAAACUUUUGAGAGACAAGAAGUAUAUUAUGGUGAAGCCAUUCUACGUCUACUGGUUCCAUCAGUUCAUCCGAACUGUUAUAAUCAAUGUUGAUGAUCCAGAGUGCACUAGUCUUUACAUGAAUUGA